UCAUGUCACUGAUGUGACCAAUCGUAUUCCUCGGGGGCGUGGCAAACGAGAAACGCCGCAUCGUAACCGAAGUGACGGAAAGGAGCAAAAUAACGGUGCUGCAGCAAACCGGCUCACGGAGCAGGCUGAGUAAGGGUUUGCAUAACCCGAUGGAUGCGGAUUAGAGAGCGCCGGCGGUGAACACAGGGGUGAAAAUGACCAGCAUACUGCAUGCAGCGUCUGAGGUGAAAUGGAGUAAGAGCGCAGCGGCCAGGCGAGCCGUGUUUCUCGCGGCUGCUGCAUACGGCGUGAAGACCCUUUACCCUGUCAUCUACAAACGGAUCGGUAAACGCACAGAGCCCAAAUGCACCGCUAACGGACAACGAGAGCAGAAUGGACUGGUGCCGACGCAUAGAUCUACAUUAGAAACCGUUUCCGGUCCUGAUGACAGUCCCAGGUCGCCUGGCGUGGACGCGCGGUUCUUCAGACAGAUCCUCGAUCUUAUCAGAAUCGUUUUUCCGAAGCUCGCGACCCGAGAACUAGCCUUACUCUGCUUGCACUCGGCGGCUCUGGUCUCGCGGACAUUCCUGUCCAUCUACGUGGCCGGUUUGGAUGGCAAGAUCGUCAAGAGCAUCGUGGAGAAGCGACCGCGCAGCUUCAUCGUCAAGCUCGUGAAGUGGCUGCUCGUGGCCGUGCCUGCAACAUUCGUAAACAGCGCGAUCCGGUACCUGGAGGGUAAGCUCGCGCUGGCCUUGCGCACGCGCCUCGUGGAGCGCGCCUACGCCACCUACUUCGCCGGGCAGACGUACUACCGUGUGGCGAACAUGGACGCCAGGCUGGCCAAUCCCGACCACUCGCUCACGGAGGACGUAGCGAUGUUUGCGCAGUCUGUCGCGCGCCUCUACUCCAACCUCACCAAGCCAGUGCUAGACGUGAUCCUCACCUCAUACACGCUCAUCCAGACGGCGAGGUCGCGCGGCGCCGGGGCCACAGGGCCCACGCUGCUAGCCGGCCUGGUGGUGUUCAUCACCGCUAAAGUGCUGCGCUGGUGUUCCCCGACGUUCGGCCAGCUGGUGGCUGAGGAGGCGCGCAGGAAGGGGCACCUGCGCCACGCCCACUCCAGGAUCAUCGCUCAAGCGGAGGAGAUUGCCUUCUACGGAGGGCACAAGGUAGAGAUGCUGCAGCUGCAGAAGUGCUACAAGGCUCUGGCUGAGCAGAUGAAUCUGAUCCUGUCCAAGCGCCUGUGGUACAUCAUGAUCGAGCAGUUCCUCAUGAAGUACGUUUGGAGUGGAUGUGGGCUUGUCAUGGUGGCAGUGCCCAUCAUCACUGCCACCGGCUUUGCUGACAACGAACUUGCAGAUGGCCAAACACAAGUGUUAGUGAGUGAGAGGACAGAAGCCUUCACGACUGCACGCAAUCUUCUAGCCUCAGGGGCAGACGCCAUUGAGAGGAUCAUGUCCUCCUACAAAGAGGUCACUGAGCUGGCCGGAUACACAGCCCGCGUCCACAACAUGUUCCUGGUGUUUGACGAGGUGCAGAGGGGUGUGUAUAAGCGUGCAUUGGUCUCUGCGACGGCAGCAGCUGGAGAGAAGGGUGGCGGAAGGCCUGAGCUGCACAUUGACGGUCCAUUGGAGAUCAAAGGAAAAGUUAUUGAUGUGGAUAAGGGUAUAGUGUGUGAGAAUGUUCCCAUCAUCACUCCAAAUGGGGAUGUGGUUGUGUCCAGCCUGAACUUUAAGGUGGAGGAGGGUAUGCACCUGCUAAUCACAGGACCUAAUGGCUGUGGGAAAAGCUCUCUCUUCCGCAUCCUGAGCGGUCUCUGGCCUGUCUACAGUGGCAUGUUAUACAAACCUGCUCCACAACACAUGUUCUACAUCCCACAGAGGCCUUACAUGUCUAUUGGGACACUGCGCGAUCAGGUGACAUACCCUGACUCUGUGGAGGACAUGCAUGAGAAGGGCUAUAGAGACAAAGACCUGGAAGACAUUCUGGAUAUUGUCAACCUCAAACACAUUGUCACCCGAGAAGGAGGUUGGGAGGCAGAGGUAGACUGGAAAGACGUGCUGUCAGGAGGAGAGAAGCAGCGGAUGGGCAUGGCUCGCAUGUUCUACCACAAGCCCAAGUACGCCCUGCUGGAUGAGUGCACAAGUGCUGUCAGUAUUGACGUGGAGGGUAAAAUAUUCCAGGCUGCAAAGGAUGCUGGGAUCUCCUUGCUGUCUAUUACCCAUAGGCCUUCUCUAUGGAAGUACCACACACACCUGCUGCAGUUUGACGGUGAGGGAGGUUGGCGGUUCGAGCAGUUGGAUACAGCUACUCGGCUGUCUCUCACCGAGGAGAAGCAGCGUCUGGAGGCUCAGCUCGCUGGCAUUCCCAAAAUGCAACAGAGACUGAAUGAACUGUGUAAGAUCUUGGGUGAGGACUCCGUGCUGAAGACAACUGAGCACAGUCAGGAGGAAUGAGAGACAGAGAGCUAGAGUUACAGCACACUGCACGCCAGACAGCAGCAACUUUACCCACCAAGUCCCGACUGAUCAGCGCUUUGAGGCUGCAGCUCAACUUGAUCCAUGACAGCUUGAGUUAGGUUCUCGCCACUCGCUAUCCUACAGUCCCUUGCACUUUUAUUCACUACGCCACAUCGAAAAAGAAGAGAAGGGAAAUUUCAGUGUGCACGUAUCCUUACACCAUCCUCAAAACUACGGAGUUCCUGCAGUGUAAAGCAGUGAUUUUUAAAGUUUGUCGCUUUCUAAAAAAUGCCAUUUUAUUGUCUUCUUUUCCCUUAUGGAGAUUUCAUCAGCAUCUUAGCUAUGUUUUAUCUCAGAGUUCAGAGAUAAUUUUAGCUAAGCUGUUUGUAAUUAUCGCAGUAUAAUUUGCUGCUUCAGAAAACGGAACUGAUUGCAACAUAUUACUGACUUUUAUGUUUUUAUUGAUGUACAUGUCUUACCGUGGCUGUGACAGCUAUCUUGGCUUCUUUUAGGAAAUAUCUGUACCUGCUAUGAUGUUGCUUAUUGUUUUGUUCUUUCUAGUGACACUAGAAAGUAUGUGGUAUGGGCUUAUUUUACACAAAUGCUUAACUGUGAACAGCUGAUUUCUCAUCCUAAAAUCUGAAGUCUAAUUUGAUAUUUGUUUCGUAACAGCUAUUUCAGUGACUAAUUGGUGCUAUAAUUUAUAAUCUGCUUUUGUCAGUGAAUGGUUCUAUUAGUACGCAUUGCUUUUAGUUUCAGCAUUAGACUUUGUGCAUUUCUGGGUUCUGGUUUGACAAAAGAGACCUAUUUUCUCAAAAUCAUCAAAUAUUCAUUCAUCCAUCUUCAGUAACCACUUCAUCCUGGUCAGGGUCAUGGUGGAUCUAGAACUACUCUCUGGAACACUGGGCAUGAGGCAGGAAUACACCAUGAGAUGCCAGUCCAUUGCAGGGCACCAUACACAUACACAUUCACACCUAGAGGGAAAUUUAGCAUAGCCAAUCCACCUACCAGCAUGUUUUGGGGAGUGGAAGGAAACGGGAGGAACACCACAUGGACACAGACAAAGCUAUGGUUCGAUCCUGAGUCACCCUAGCUCAGGAUCAAGCCAGGGACCCUGGACCUGACACAGCAACACUACCCACUGCUCCACUGUGCCACACAAUUAUCAAAUAGUUAUGAUCACAAUACAUAAUACAUAAAUUAUCUACUAGCCCGUUAUUUUCAUUGUGUUGCUUUUUGGAAUCUGGACUCCAGCAUGGUAGGGAUAGAGAGGGCUCUUUCGUCAAGUUCAUGGCCAGCGCUGGCACUGACACCCUGAGAACAAAAUGAACACAAUUCACACAAGUAAAUGGUGUGACGUAUGUUUUGGUUAAAGCCAGAAGCUCUUUGGCAAUAACACAGAGAACCAGAUGGUUCUUUUACUUUAGUGUUUUCCUGACAACAAGCCUGAUCCUUGAUUUGUUUUCCCACCUUUAAUGUGACCUAUAACCUGUACAACUCAAUUGAAAAACAAACUGAAAUCUUUUAGAUUGGGUGAGUAAAAAUAAAAAACAAAAUAAUGUGGUUGCAUAAGUGUGCACACCCUUAAACUAAUACUUUGUUGAAGCACCUUUUGAUUUUAUUACAGCACUCAGUCUUUUUGGGUAGGAGUCUAUCAGCAUGGCACAUCUUGACUUGACAAUAUUCGCCCACUCUUCAUUGCAAAAAUGCUCCAAAUCUGUCAGAUUGCGAGGGCAUCUCCUGUGCACGGCCCUCUUCAGAUCACCCCACAGAUUUUCAAUCGGAUUCAGGUCUGGGCUCUGGCUGGGCCAUUCCAAAACUUUAAUUUUCUUCUGUUGAAGCCAUUCUUUUUUUAUUUGGAUGUAUGCUUUGGGUCGUUGUCGUGCUGAAAGAUGAAGUUCUUCUUCAUCUUCAGCUUUCUAGCAGAAGCCUGAAGGUUUUGUGCCUAUAUUGACUGGUAUUUGGAACUGUUCAUAAUUUCCUCCACCUUGACUAAGGCCCCAGUUCCAGCUGAAGAAAAACAGCCCCAAAGUAUGAUGCUGCCACCACCAUGCUUCACUGUGGGUAUGGUGUUCUUCUGGUGAUGUGCAGUGUUCUUUUUGCGCCAAACAUACUUUUUGGAAUUAUGGCCAAAAAGUUCAACCUUGGUUUCAUCAGACCAUAACACAUUUUCCCACAUGCUUUUGGGAGACUUCAAAUGUGUUUUUGCAAAAUUUAGCCGGGCUUGGAUGUUUUUCUUUGUAAGAAAAAGCUUCCUUCUUCCUUCUUUCUUCUCGUCUUUUCAUCAAUUUUGGAGGGACGUCCAGUUCUUGGUAAUGUCGCUGUUGCGCCACAUUUUCUCCACUUGAUGAUGAUGGUCUUCACUGUGUUCCAUGGUAUAUCUAAUGCCUUGGAAAUUCUUUUGUACCCUUCUCCUGACUGAUACCUUUUAAUAAUCAGAUCCCUCUGAUGCUGUGAAAGCUCUCUGUGGACCGUGGCUUUUGCUGCAAGAUGCGACUAAGAAAAUGUCAGGAAAAGCCUACUAGAACAGCUGAACUUUAUUUUGGGUUAAUCAGAGGCACUUUAAAUGAUGGCAGGUGUGUACUGACUCCUAUUUAACAUGAGUUUGAAUGUGAUUGCUUAAUUCUGAACACAGCCACAUCCCCAGUUAUAAGAGGGUGUGCACACUUAUGCAACCACAUUAUUUUGUUUUUUUAUUUUUACUUGCCCCCCCUAAAAGAUUUCAGUUUGUUUUUCAGAUGAGUUGUACAGGUUAUAGGUCACAUUAAAGGUGGAAAAAGUUCUGAAAUUAUUUAUCUUGGUCUCAUUUUUUUUUACAUCACCAGAAACCUGGCAUUUUAACAGGGAUGUGUAGACUUUUUAUAUCCACUGUAUACACAUUGAUUUAGUGUAUAAGUUGCAGGACCUGCUAGAAGACAAAAAUGUGUCUUAUAGUCUGGACAAUAUGAUAAGUAAUAGACUGCAGGCUGGUUAUGGAAAUUUUAUGACCUUAGUAUUAUAAGCGUCUGUCUCCCAUUCAUUCUUAACCCAGAUAGAACCGUAUAAUAUUAAGGUCACAAACUGUUUGUACGAUUAUUAUCAUGAAUCGCUCAAACAUGUCUGUCCGUUGAUGGACUGAUAUACUGUGAAUUUUGUCUUUGUUGAUUUGAAGAUUACCUGUCAUUGCCUUAUGAGCAAAUGCAUUUUAAUACAUUGCUCUCAAGCUAGACAUUAUGUGGUUGGACUUUGAUAGGCUUGAUCAUAUACUGUAGUUCAGAAACAUUUUCUGCUUUGCAUUAGAAACCCACAAUUUUGGAAAGUCUAGGUGCUCUUUUCUUUACAGAAUAAGCGUUUCUAGCAUAUGAAACAUGUUGGAUGCCAGAAGCAUUAGCAUUAGAUAGCAUUAGAUCUUCAUUUCUUUAUUUCUGGUUUCACUAUCUGUAUCAGGGCCUGUUUCAUUCUCGUCAGUAGGACAUAAUAUUUACAUAACAUUUAUUUCAAAGAUGUAAUUCUGGAAUUGUAAAUAGACAGGGUUUUAUAUGUUUGAAACUUAUGUGAUAUCCUAUAUUUUGACUUGCUUAUAUUUUGCCUACACAGGUGUAUCAGAAACGUUUUUCUGAUGUGAUGAAUUUACAAUUUACUAUAAUGAUUGGUACCUGGAUACAGUCAGCAUGUUUUUGCAAAGUCUUUUUCAGGCAAGUUCGGCAUUUUUUAUUCCCGUACAAAUGCAAAUAUAUCUUCUUAGAAAUAUAACUUGGAAUGGACAAGCUGUCAUUUUGCAUGUCAUAAUACUCCCAUAAUUUGUCUAACAUAGGAAUAUGUGAGGUUUGAAAGUUGCCUGUUAAAUAUCUAAACAAAUAGCUGAAAUGUUGAGUACCUACUAAAUAAGUAAUUAAGCAUUAACAUGUGUACAUAUUGUCUUAUUUAAACGUUAUUAAAAGCCUGUACAUCAUACUGAAA